AUGAGAAGAGGUACUCAGUCUGAAGGUUCUCUCGCGAAGAGGAUGAGGGUUGAAUUCCCGGAUCACAUGCAGUUCUCGUACGACGAGGGGACUCCUCUGAUCUUUAAUCCACUUCAAUGCGCAGAGCUGACGCGUCAGAUCCGUGGUGGGACGAAGGAGUUACCACCAAUCAGAGAUCUGUUCUUCAAGGACGAGUACAUUGAUGCCGCUUUUAUGAGGAAGCGGAGUGAUGGAAGCAUGAACUCCCUCGUCGAGAAGUACGAUAGCGCGCUGAAGCAGACAAUGAUCCAACUGGGAGCGUCGGAGAAACUUUCUCGGGCUAGGUUAUUGGCCAUUGAGAGGGUAAGGGCCGAACACAAGAAAGCCAACGACAAGGCUGCUGAAGAGAAAGAGAUCCUUCGAGCAAAAUUCGAGGAGCUUGAAGGCAAACUGAUGUCUGAUCGAGCCGCGAAGAAGAAACUCACUUGGGAGAAGGUUCGUCUUGAACAAGCCAAUGCUGCUCUCGAGAAAGAGAAGGCUGAACUGCAGGAAGAAAGGGACGCCGCUGUGGAGAAGUUGAUCAAGGAGAGGAAGUGCCUAAAGGACUCGCGGAGUCAAGAGGUCACCCUUGAAAGGGUAAGGGUCCAAGCCGCCAUGACUGACAAAUCUAGUCACUGCUUCGACCGUGGCCGCGAAUACCUCGCUCGUCGGAACGUCUUUGAGAAGGUGAAGAGCUUGUAUGGACAGGCUUCGGGAACGAGGAAAUGUCUCGAGGUGAUAAAAGACGGCGGGACGGAGAUCCCACAAGAGAUAAUAGACGUUUUCAUCGAGCGGGAGAAGCUGCACGAGGCCGAGGUUGCUAAACUUGGUGUUGGCCUGUUAUCAGAGGACGAUCUUACUCUUUCCCCGCUUGUCCUUCCUUCGAGGUUUGUGAAUGAAGAUUUUAAGGCUACGCUUGAUCCGUACGGGUCGAACGUUGAGGCUUUGGAGAAGAUGAAUCCCGAGAAAGAUAGUGUCUCAGUCCAAGGGAAAGGAGCGAAGGACGUGAACCCUAAAGACCCUGUCGAGGUCUCUUACACUUCUUCUGAGGAGCAGGAGGAGGAAGAUCAAACUAAGAAGGCGCCAUCUCCGACACCAGUUGAGGGACAGAAAGCAUCGAAUGAGACGGACAAGUGA